AUGAGGACUGCAGUUGAUUUGAAUAAUCUUUCUCUGUCAGCUCCUUUGGAUGGUGAUAUCCUAAAGCAUAAAGAUUUUGGUUAUAGACUGUAUGAUUCUAUUGAAAAGAAAGUGAUUCGAAGUAGAGAUGUUGUCUAUCUUGAAGAUCAAACAAUUGAGAGCAUUGAUAAAGAUGACAAGUCAAGAUUCUCAGAUGAUAUUCUUGCUAGUUCAGAUUCAAAACCAAUUCGAAUACUGCCAACUCUACCACCACCACAAGAUGAACCUAGAAGAUCUACCAGCAAAAGGAGACUUUCUAACAAAUAUAAUCCUAAUGAGUAUGUGUUACUGACAGAUGGAGGGGAAUCAGAGUCCUAUAGUGAGGUUGUUCUUGAAAUUGCAGCUAGUUUGAAUUUGGAGAUUGAGGAAUUUGAUGUGAAAACAACCUUUCUACAUGGUGAUUUAGAAGAAGAAAUUUACAUGGAACAAUCAGAGGAGUUCAAAGAAAGUGGCAAAGAGAAUCUUAUUGAUGACAUGUUGAUUGUUGGUCGUGAUGCUAUGAAAAUAGAGGUGUUGAAAAGGGAAUUAAAUCACUUCAAGAUAAGCAUUAAGCAGUGUCCUACAAGUGAGAAAGAUAAAGAAAAUAUGAGAAAUAUUUCUUAUGCAUCUGCUGUUGGUAGUUUAAUGUAUGCUAUGAUUUUCACUAGACCAGAUAUAGCUCAUGCAGUUAAGGUAGUUCGUCAAUAUCUCUCUAAUCCUGGUAAGGAGCAUUGA